GAGAGAGAGAUGGGAUCCUAUUCAGUACCCAACAAGCCCCAUGCAGUAUGCAUACCAUACCCAGCACAAGGUCACGUAAAUCCAAUGCUUAUGGUGGCCAAACUCCUCCAUUUCAAAGGCUUCCACAUCACUUUUGUCAACACCGAGUACAACCACGAAAGGUUGCUCAAAUCCAGGGCCCCCCACGCUCUCAACAGCUUGCCCGACUUCCGGUUUGAGACUGUCCCCGACGGUCUUCCUCCGCCAGACAUCAAUGCCACACAAGACAUCCCCACGCUUUGCGACUCCACUAGCAAGCAUUGCUUGACUCCCUUUCGCCAACUUCUUGCUAGGCUCAACGUUUCUUCCGGCAUCCCGCCGGUCACUUGCAUCGUCUCCGAUGGGUGCAUGUCGUUCACUCUCGAGGCGGCUCAAGAGGUAGGGAUUCCUGAUGUAUUGCUUUGGACACCGAGUGCGUGUGGUUUCUUAGCCUAUUGUCAUUAUCGACGGCUUAUUGAGAAGGGUUUUACACCGUUGAAAGAUGAGACCUAUAUGACAAAUGGGUAUUUGGAUACAAUCAUUGAUUGGAUUCCAGGCAUGAAAAACAUCCGCAUAAGGGACCUGCCGAGCUUUGUUCGAACAACGGAUCCAAAUGAUAUAAUGUUGAACUUCGUUGCGACAGAGAGUGAGAGAUCUGCAAAAGCUUCCGCCAUUAUCGUAAAUACCUUCGAUGAAUUGGAACAUGAUGUCGUCAAAGCUCUCUCCUCCAUCUUCCCUAAACUUUACACCAUUGGACCCCUUCACUUGCUCCUCAACAACAUUCCACAGUCGUCGCCUUUAAGCUCCAUCGACUCCAAUCUGUGGAAAGAAGAGCCUCAAUGUCUUCAAUGGCUGGAUUCCAAGGAACCCAAAUCGGUCGUUUACGUUAAUUUCGGGAGCAUCACGGUGAUGACGGCGAAUCAACUGGUUGAGUUCGCUUGGGGCUUGGCUAAUAGCAAGCAACCCUUUUUUUGGAUCAUUAGGCCCUAUUUGGUGAUGGGAGAUUCAGCUAUUUUGCCCCCAGAGUUCAUUGAAGAAACCAAAGGGCGUAGCUUAAUGGCGAGCUGGUGCCCACAAGUGAGCGUUUUGAACCACACAGCGAUUGGGGGUUUCUUAACGCACAAUGGAUGGAAUUCCACCAUCGAAAGCAUUUCCAGUGGGGUGCCGAUGAUUUCUUGGCCGUUCUUCGCCGAGCAACAAACGAAUUGUCGAUUCGCUUGCACCCAAUGGGGCAUCAGCAUGGAGAUCGACAAUGAUGUGAAGAGGGAUGAAGUGGAGAAACUACUGAGGGAGUUGAUGGAAGGAGUUAAAAGCGUGGAGAUGAGGGAAAAGGCCAUGGAGUUUAAGAAAAAGGCUGAGGAAGCUGCCAUGUUGAAUGGCCCAUCGUUCGUGAAUUUGGAAAACUUGAUUAAAGAAGUGUUGCUCUAAGGUAACUUUUCGUUUAUUUAGUAUUGGACCGGCUAUAGCAGUCAUAUCAAUUUUACUAAGUUUUUCAGUAAUUCCUUUUAGCUCUCGCUUUAUUUUAACCGAUCUCAAUAUUGGUAUUUUUUUAUGGAUUGCCAUUUUAAGUAUUGCUCUCGUUGGACUUCUUAUGUCAAUAUACGAAUCAAAUAAUAAAUAUUCCUUUUUAGGUGGUCUAAA